UUAGGCGAUAAAAGUGCAGUUAAUCCAUUGGAAAUAUGGCGGGCACGCUGGAUACGUUUGUAAAAACAGUUAUGGGGCAUACCGUUACUGCAUCAUGGAGAGAAUUGGCUGAUCUUCAUCGAAAAGCUGUUUAUGAUGUUUUGGAACGGAAUAUUCCUCAUUUGGACAGUGUAUUAGAAACACUUGCUGUUGACCGGUAUUCGAUGUCAGUUGUAUCGAUAUUGCUCGUUAAAAUGAAUCAAAUUUAUACAGACAAUGUAAAGGACAGGUUUGAGCGUACUUUGUCGCAGGUGGAAUCUAUGGUUCCACUUUUUGAUAGUAUGCAGAUCUCAUUCAUUCCUGAUAUUUAUGUGUUGCUUUUCCGGAAAGUAUACGAGUAUUAUCUUCUUCAAAUCAAUAAGCCAGCUCGUGGUAUCAUGUUGCUUACAAAUGCAAUCAAUGUAUUGGUAAAAGAAGAAAAGGACAUCCUUACCUCGCUGCAUCCAUGUCUUUUCUGUUUGUGCCUUAAAGCUCGUAUACAUGACCCAGCCAUACCCUUCUUGCAUCUUGCUGUACCGAAAAUAUUUAAGGAGACUGCAAAUCAAACAGGGCCUUAUAUGGACCCAAAAUGGGUGGUAUUAUAUUUUUAUUAUGGUGGUUUGCUUUAUGCGGUUUUGGGUCGUUACGAAGAAGCAUUUGCAAUGAUGCAGAAAGCGUGUUGUAUACCAGCAAUCUCUCCUAGCGCUAUAGUGGUUCGAGCUUAUAAGAUAUAUGUGCUGUUGUCAUUGCUUCUGUACGGGAAGACACUUCGUUUGUCUAAUUACCGAUCGCCAGUGAUGACUCGUAGCAUUAUUCCACUCUGUCCGGAUUAUUCGGCAUUAGAAAGGAUAUGUGACAAUGAAGAAGAGAAUUUCGACAAAGCCACUGCCAUACUUGAAUACCUGGAAGCACAUUACGCUACUUUCGAAAAAGAUAAUACCGUUGGCUUGGUGAAACUUGUGGUUAGGAGUAUUCGUGAAAAUUCUGUUAAAAGAUUAACUGAGUGUUUCACAUCAAUUUCACUGUCGGAUGUAGCACGACGAUGCCAUCUAGAUGACAGUGAUCACGCGGAACUCUAUCUUCGUGAUAUGGGCAAAGAGGGAAAAAUUAAUGUUCGCAUCGAUAAGAAACAGGGCAUUGUUAAAUUUGCUGAAAUGAAGAGAGAAGCGGAUGAGCAUGAAGUGGAUAAGGCUGCAAAUUUUAUAUACACAUUGGAUGCUUUAAUGAAACAGUUUGACGAUCGAAUUCGCGUCAACCCCUCCUAUAUUUCACGUGCUGGACGACCAUUAGGUCGGGGAGUUUCUGCAAUUCCUCCAGAUGAAGGUUUGGGACAUCCAGGUUCUGUUUUUAUGCCUAACGUUAAUGUUGGUGACAUUGAAUCAGCAGCUGGUAGGCCUAUGGAUAUGGUUGAUUAACCUUGUUGAUUUAAUGAAGAAUGCUGUGACUUUUCAAAUUUUUGUAUGCAUAAACUUAAAUCUUAGGAUUAUUCCCAACCUAAAUUACAUUUUACUAUGAACCUUUACGUGAAAUUGGAGUACUUCCAUUAUCUUACUGGAAAUCCAGCAGUAUUUGAGUUCAUUUUCUUUGAAAAAAAAACUGAAUCAAAACUGAGACUUUUUAUGUGAACUGUAUAUGUUUUUAUCCAUGCAUCCUUUGCACUGUUUUACUCCCAG